AUGGAAUCCUUUUGUCUCAGAGGAAAUGAUUUUGUCUCAAUUUUUGACUCUGACAUGACAUCCAUACUAUGUAGUUACCUUAAUUUCGAUGAUAUAAUGGAAUCAGUCAUUGGAAUCAAUAAAGAUCUUAAUAUUCUAAUUAAUUAAAAACUUGAUAUCGUAUGGUAAAAUCUAUUUAAGCAAGAGUUUAUGUUCAGAGAUUACCCAGAUCACAGAAGGUAUCAGGGGGAAUCUCAUUUUCAAUACUUUAAAAGAUCCUUCCUGAUCUACAAAGAAGUGAGAUAAGUAAUGAGAAGUAUUUUCAACUUGACAAAUUAAUAAUCAGAAUAAAAGCAAGAGGGAUUCAUUAAGAAAUUUAAAAAUAGAAAAGUUCAUACUUUCAUUGCAGUCUAAGAAAUUAUGUCCUUUCAGUAUGAGUGCUUUUACAAGAAUUUUGAAGAAAAAAACAAUUAAUAGCAAAACAUCAUUUAGUUUUUAAUUGGACAGAACUAAUACUACAUAAUCGAAAACUUCAAGCUAACAACUACUUCAUUUUAUGACCACAAACUAGAGUUAUGCUUGUUGUCACCAUCGUCAAUGAAAAUGAUAUAGAAUAUUCUUAAACAAAGAUAUGGGUUCCAUCAACUUCCAUUAAUGCAUAUUAUGAACUACAGACACUCAAUUAUUGUAGAUGCAGAAAAUAAGUUUGGCAUGGGUCAUGGUGCUCUUAUUUAACAAGGAGGCCCAGAUAGAUCAGUUGUAGUUUUCAUGGCUCCAGAUAUCUUAUCUUAUUUAAGAUAACACAACGAGAAAUUGAAAAAUUAGUACUUUUUCACAAGAAGAGGAAUCAUCGAAACAUAUCCUAGUUAUCCUUAGUUAUUAGGAGGAAGCUUAACAGUUACACAUGGCAUUAAGAUUGAGGCAGUAGCUAAUUAUAUUCAUUUCUUCGGAGUCUUUGACAAAUCUUAUUACAACGAUGAUACUAGAUAUUUCUUUUCUUAUUAGGUCAGAAUAUCAGUUGAUGAGAAUUAUUAAGGGGAAUUCUUCCCUAGUAGACUUAAAUCGAGGACGUGGAAAAUCUAAAUGGGUGAAAGAGUUCAAGAGACAACUGGUCUUGGUGUUAUUGGUGAAUAUCCACUAAUUGAGAGUGGAAUGGAACCAUUUAUAUACGAAAGUUGUUGUCCUACCAAAGUCCUAGGCACAAUUAUGUAGGGUCAUUUUACUUUUGAAGUAUUAGAUGGCCCUUAAAAAGGCUAGGAAAUAACUGCCCUUAUAGAUCCCUUUAACCUUAGAUUAGAUGAUGAUCAUUAGUUAAUAGCAAAUCCCUUGUUUUAAUCCUGGAUGCAUAUGUGA